AUGUCGAAUAAUUUGAUGGCACAUUUUCUCGGGACGUUUAAAUACUCUUCGUUGAGUGUCGUAGGCAGCCUUUGCCGGAUGAAUUUCGAAUUCAGAGGCUCAAAACAAGCGAUGACACCGAAGGAGCAGAAGGAAAGGAGGGAAGGAUUUAGGAUAUACUUGGCAGAACAAGAGGUCCUGACAAGACCCCACGUUAAAGUUCUCCCAAUCCCGAAGACGGCACGUAUAUAUUUGAUCUGUGUGGUGGACCGGAGCACGAAGAGUAGUUUGCUCACAUCGGCAGAUCUUCGAUCAGAGGGGCUAGCCCGGGAUGUCUCACCGUUUGAAAACUUGUGUUUUGAGGAGAUGCGCCUGGAUCCCCUACAACAACAGCACGAGGACUAA